AUGGAUGCCGAUGUCGAUGCAGUUUGCAUCGCCGAUGACUGCGACAGUGAGGACGGUGACGCCCUCAAUGGUGAAGACAACGUGCUUUCAGAAGUGCACACGAAGCGCACUGCUGUUAACAAGAAUGAAUCAGAAGAGGAAUUAUUGCUGACUCGCGAAGCGGUUGUCCGCUUCGAUCAAGACUCUAUUGCAGAUGCAACAGACAUAUAG